GAUUACUUAGUUGUAAGUGAUGAGAUCAGCAGGGAUCAGCUUUCAGGAUGGGGCACUGCUUCAGCAGCAGGCUCUUCCCAUCUGGGCUGUCUCUCUCCUAUGCAGGCGCUGGGGGUGACAAAGGUAAUCUUUAAACACAAAGCCCAACUGCCCCCUUAGGGCUCCGCUGAAAGGGAGAAGAAAUAAAGGAGAUCUGGAGAGGAGAGCCUGUGUGCUGGAUGGCGGUGGUGGCAGCCCUGAUCUGUGACAUGCUGCUGAGAAGAGCAGAUUUUGGGGGAGGCAGUUAGCUUUGCCUGCACUGCAUCUGUGGAUCGGAGAGAAGACACACAACUGUAGUAUUCCUCCUGUGUGUCUACAUUGGGAGUAUCAGUAAUCCUCCAGGAACUUUAUCUGGAUACCCAGGCUGCUGCUGCUGGAAGCUCUACCAUCUACCCCCUGGCUAGGCUGGGGAGUUGUACUUUUCCAAGGAUCCUUGUUUUUUUUGUUUUAACACUUUCUGGAUUUUGGGGCUUUAAUGAAACCCUCUGGAUGUGUGAUUACUAAGUGAGAGGAAUAAGGUCUGAGAAGAGUGACAUUCUGCUAAAGGUCUCCCAAAGACGGCUGCAAGUGGACAAGUAAUGGGGUUUUCAGAUAAAAAGUGUUCAUGAGGUAACAGAAGGAAACACAGGAAUACCUUCCCUUCCCUUACCCUUCCCCUUUUUUUGUUAGCCCACAGACAAGAAAUGGGUCAAAAGAUCUCAGGGAGCAUCAAGUCUGUGGAUGUGCGGGAUCCACCUUACAGACCAGUCAAGAGAGAACUGAGAGGUCCAGACUUUUGCAAGCCUGCACGAUUAGAUAUGCUGCUGGAUAUGCCUAUGGCCACUUUGGACGUUCAGUAUAAGCAUGCAUGGAAUAAUGAGGAUCGGUCUUUGAAUAUUUUUGUGAAAGAGGAAGACCGACUGACGUUCCAUCGACACCCAGUUGCACAAAGUACAGACUGCAUCCGAGGGAAGGUUGGCUAUACGAGGGGCCUUCAUGUUUGGCAGAUUCAUUGGCCCACCAGGCAAAGAGGAACCCAUGCUGUUGUUGGAGUAUCAACUGCUGAUUCCCCUUUACAUUCUGUUGGAUAUACUUCACUGGUAGGAAGCAAUAGUGAGUCUUGGGGCUGGGACCUAGGACGAAAUAAACUCUACCAUAACUGUAAAAACCAACCUGGUGUUACAUAUCCAGUCUUUUUAGAACCAGAUGAAUCAUUUGUACUCCCAGACUCCUUGCUGGUAGUGUUAGAUAUGGAUGAGGGGACUCUUAGCUUCAUAGUCGAUGGACAAUAUUUAGGAGUUGCCUUCAGAGGAUUCAAAGGGAAAAAACUUUAUCCUAUUGUUAGCGCUGUAUGGGGUCACUGUGAAAUUACAAUGCGAUACAUCAAUGGACUUGAUCCGGAACCGCUGCCUUUGAUGGAUUUAUGCAGAAGAUCGGUUCGGUUUGCUAUUGGCAGAGAGCGUUUGCACCAAAUUGAGUCUUUACCGUUGCCUCAGUCAUUAAAGAACUAUUUACAAUACCAGUGACAGCACCCUCUUGUAGCCUCAACAGGACAACAACAAAGAAGAAAAUAAAAAGAAGAUAUAAUGCAACUCAGCAGAUAUUGUUUACAUGGGGACAAAAUUCCUUUUCAAUGGUUACUU